UUUCUUGCUGGUCCCCUCACACCCUCUUCUGCGCCUCUCGGCCUCUUUAUUUUCUCCUUCACAGGCUCUCUCGAUUGUCAUUUGCCAGGCUUUUGGGCUGGAAUUUCCUGUUUGGGGGUGGAGCAGGUCCGGCACAAGUGUUUUAGCGUGGAGAAGGGUUUAUGGCCUGAGCGUCGGCACUAG